AUGUCGGCUAACGAAUCACUGCCCUUGUUUCACGAUACCACUGCUGGCCAAGGCCAAGAAAACAUGGCUCCCAACACCAGAAAAGCGCAAAUCGAAUGCAUUUCGGACGAUGCCCUCAUUCAUCUCAAGUCCUACAAGUACUCAAGCGUCGACAAGUCGCCGGUGUCCAAAUACAUUCUCGGUCCUUGGUGGAACUUUUUCGUCACCCUUUUGCCGCUAUGGAUGGCUCCCAACAUGGUGACCCUCGUCGGGUUCUUCUUCAUCUUGGCCAAUGUAGCGUUGCUCGUUGUCUAUAUCCCUGACCUAAUCGGCCCUGGCCCUUCUUGGGUAUACUUUAGUCUCGCCUUGGGCCUCUUCAUGUACCAGACAAUGGACAACGUCGACGGCAAACAAGCUCGCAGAACCGGCACCUCGAGUGGUCUCGGCGAACUAUUUGACCACGGUAUCGACUCGCUCAAUUGCACUCUUGCCAGUCUCUUCCAGGUCGCCGCUAUGGGUCUCGGCACCUCGCCCGCAGGCGUCUUCACUGCGCUCUGCCCUUGUGUCGCCAUGUUCUUCUCGACUUGGGAAACAUACCACACCCACACCCUCUUUCUCGGAUACAUCAAUGGUCCUACAGAGGGCUUGCUCAUCGCUUGCGGCAUCAUGAUCGCCUCUGGUAUUUGGGGCCCUGAGAUUUGGAGCCAGCCUAUGGCUGGCAUUUUCAGCGACAUUCUGCCUGGUCUUGCCGACAUGCUUGGCGAGACGUCGGUUCGCGACAUCUGGGUUCCUCUCGUCGGCAUGUCGCUGUUGGGCACGCAUGUUCCCUUUUGCGUCUUCAACGUCAUUGGUGCUCGCCGCAAGCAGGGACUGCCUAUUGCCCCCGUCUUUCUCGAACUUGCGCCAAUGACGGUCUUUUCCGUCACUAUUGUCGCUUGGCUCGGCUCCCCCUACAGCACCCUCAUGAAAGAGAAUCAUCUGAUCUUGUUCUGCUGCACCAUGUCGUUUGUCUUUGGCCGCCUGACUACUAAGAUGAUUCUGGCCCACUUGACGCGCCAGCCCUUUCCUUACUGGACUGCCAUGCUUUGGCCUCUGGUUGGUGGUGCCGUUCUCGCCAACCUGCCUCGAAUCGGGUUCCCUCAGCUCAGUGCUACUCUGGAGGCCUACUACCUCUGGGCCUACUUUGUCUUUGCCACUGUUCUGUACUUUCGUUGGGCUUUUAUCGUCGUCAAUGCUAUUUGCAACUUCCUCGGAAUUAACGCGCUCACCAUUCCCAAGGACAAGCAGAUUGCCAACAAGCGCGCGCACGAUGCAGCUAAGCUGCACUAA